GCUAACUUGAACUUGAACUUGACUUGAACAUUGUUAUAAGCCUCAUUGCGAACUGGCGUCGUUCUUCAACCAUGAGUACGCUCGCAAGAUACACGCAAUGUUUCACAUAUAUUUUCUCAUUUAUCAGAUUUUCUGGGAGCGGUGAUUUUGUCCCUUCGAUCCUGACAAUACUAAUUGACACCAGUACUGCCUCCUUGAGCUUCAAGUUGAAUAAAAGGGCCAAGUGCUACUGAAGCAAGUGUCAUCCCCUGUUUUUGCAAGAAUGCAGCUCUCCUUCUCAACCGCAAUUGCUACUCUUGCUGCUGUCUUUGCUGUAGCCGCUCCAGCAGCUGCUCAGUUCUGUUCCGAGGCUACAAGGUUUGGCGUUGUUAACGUCAGUCCUACCACGCUCUCUCCCGGUGACACCUUUACUGUGACGGCAAAUUUUACUUGCUCUGCUCAAUAUGGUAUAAACCCCCAAUACAUCGACUACUACAUUGAGGUCCCUGUGAACAACAACGGGCAUGAGCCGCCCAUCCUACUCGCCCGUCGCACUCUCGAUGCGAGCUCGGCAACUCCUCUCCUCGACCAGUUUACAACUCAGCUCCCUUAUGCAACCUACUUCAAUUCCACUUAUGUAGUGAUGCUGGACACUACUUAUCCGGUGACCGGAACAGAUGGCUCCUCGUACUCUGUUGUCGGAGGUGUUGAGAUUCCCAUCACCAUCCUCUAAAUGACAAGGGGAUAGUUCAAAUACGACUUUUGCAGAUCACUUUUGGCACGCGUGCUUCGUAGACCAAAAUCUUCACCUAUGACUCAAGUCUCUUUUCAUAACUACCGGUACACUCCAUGCUAUAAGGACACGGACAAUGAUAGAACUUCAAUUAAAGCUCCUUUACAGUGCAACAGAGUUCCUUGACUUCUCCAGUAAGACUUGAGCUUUUUCAAUUCCGUUACGGAAGCAUUUACGACAUAUUUUGGAUCUCCUACAGCCAACGAACAACUUGUCCAUGCUCCAAAAAUCUUUGCUUUCAAGGUAAUAACUUCAGGCGACUUCGGCCUACUGAC